AUGCAGUCUCCCGGCUCCGAUCUUCUCGAAGUCCGCAUGAUGGGCCUCAACAAGAGUAUCACCACUGAAGCUCUUGGGGAGUUCCUCGGCAAAGGCGUACGCGUCAGGGGCAUCCUUCUCCAUCCCCAGACCAAGGGACCCUUCCAGUGGGCACAGGUCUGGGUUGGGACGGAGAACGAGGUCAUCCAGCUGCUCGAGCUCCGCGACGUUCUCGCUGUCAAUGGCAUCACCAUCAACCGCGCCAUUCCUCAGCAAUCGUUCACUACUCCCCCUCAGAUGUCCUGGGACAUUCUCUCCCAGCUCAACCGCUCCGCUCGUAGCCCUACGACUCCCAAUACUCCUUUCGUGUCGACUCCUUACCCUCAGAGCCCCUUCGGACUCCAGGCACUUCAAGGCAGCCCAUUCUUCCCUCGCCAGGAGCAGUCACCCACUCUUCCUCGCAACCUCUAUGUUCUUAACCUUCCUCUUGAUCUCACUCACUGGAUGGACUUGGGCGUCGCCGGUAAGUUUGGCCGUCAGCACAUUACUGACAACAGCGGUUUCGUUCUCAUGUCUUCGCAUCGCGAGGCUGUUGAGGCAAUGCACCAAAUGCACGGCAAUGGUUCCAAGCUCGACGUCUCGUGGGCCUUGGUUCAGCGCGAGGCCAAGAACAUGCUCAACAACGAAGCUGAGCUGCGUCUGUCUCUGACUGGUGGCUCUUUGCCCAACCGUGUCGUGCACCCUCCCUCGGUGUCCAUCCGUCGCGAAGCGGCUCCCGACUGCUCUGUCAUCGUCGAGAACCUCGACUCGUUCCUCUUCCCUGACACGGACACUGUCAGCUCGAUCUUCAAGACCUUCGGGCCCAUUCAGCGUGUCGUGAAACUCACCGACUCGCCCUUGUCCGUUCUCAUCCAGUUCGAGCACGCCGUCUCGGCGACCGCACUUGUGAACGCAAACGGCCUUCAGCUCGGAGACCGCGUUCUGAAAACCCGCCCGUUCGCAGCUCCGAUGACUCCUGGUGCCUCCGACCCUUUCGCUGAAGCGAGCCGCCGCUGGCUCGAUGAGGCCGGCUACAAGGUGGGACCUGUGCUUCCCCAGACGCCCCAGUCGAUGCCUCCUCGCGGUACCCGCCUGAGCGCCGAUUCCGUCCCUUUCGUUCCCAACUCGAAGGCCGACGAAUCUCCCUUGGCGCACGUCGGGAAGAUGGUCGGGAAGAUGAAGGCGGCCUUGGCCAACCACGUCAUCUCCCUCGACAGCGACUCUUCCGACUCGGGCAAGGAGUCCGAGCACUCGGAUGUCGGCUGCGACCAAGUUUCGGCGCAGACUGUCGUUGCAGAGAAGGCUUGA